AUGCCCCCCAAAAGGUCUAGCAAAGCUCGAAAGCGGCCACAGACUGAGGCAAGCCGCUCGCCUUCCCCCAGCCGUCCCGCAAAGCACCCAAAGCUAUCAGCUUCACCACCUCCGAGUCCCGAGGACAAGAAGACGCGCAAAUCAAACAAGCCUGAUGAAGGAUAUCCCGGUUGGUGGCCUCCCGAGUACGCAUCCGCCGGCAAACUACUCCCCGCCAACAAAGCCGGCAUGCGGAAGGUCAUAAAGGCCUUUCAGGAUGCCAACCGCGAUCCCACCGAGCUGUGGAGUGAGGGGGGUCCGAUGGUCCAGCUUGUCCGUCAAGAUCCUGUCGGAAGGAUCCACCAGCGAAUCUUCGACAAGAUUGACUUUGAGAAUCUGGUGCCCAAGACCCCUUUUCAGACUCAGAGACAAGAGACGCCCAGCAGCGAAGAUUGGCCAGCAACACUUGAUCGAGAGAAUACUGAGCCAACGCCUGAGCCUCUUGCAGAGUCAAUAACAAUCGCUGCGUCCUCAGUCCCUGAAGCCACAGAGUCCAUUAAUAGACAACCUCAGACCACCGAUAUGGCCAAACCUGUGAGCGCUACCAUCGAUACCCUACGAAACGGCAAUGCACUGGACAGCCAAGACAUUGCACGAUGUGCGAAUCUAUUCCCCCGCCCUUCAGAUUGGUACAUCUUCCCACCCGGUUUCUCAUUCACAGACGCCGACAAAAUCCACGCUCAACAUCCCGCCCUGAAAGCUCGACACAUAGCAUUCUUCGUCUACAGCCAGGAUGAGGACCAAUGGGCGCUGUGCCACCUCGACGUGGGCAAGGCAACUCUGGUCCAUCACUUGACAAACCAUCUCACCAAGAUGCCUGCAGAGGAACUUGUAGAUUGGUUGAGAUCGCAACGAAAGCUCAACAUGAAAGGGAUGAUGUUCGUGAAACAACCUGGUCCUAUUCACAUAGACAAUCCCAGUGGCGGGAUUUAUUCCCUUGUCUUUCUGAAAUGUCUCAUGGCUAAGGAGAGGGUUCCCCGAUUCGUCGACAUCGCAACCGCCCGUAUGGAGUUCAUCAAGAUGAUUGGACCGGCCGACGCAGACGAGAACAUGGCUACCAAAGACUUGACCUUCGCCCGAGACGCCAGGUUGGGCGGGGACACGAUUCUUACGGGGACACCAAAGGAUCAAGCUAUCCCCGCUGAUCCCCAGCUUCAAGCGCCUUCUUCCAAGCCCAAUCCGGCAGAGUCUUCAACUCACGAGACGCAGAAACUUACCAUGGCCUCUCCUCGUCUAACGGCAAAGAAGCCAGAGCAGAUCGCGCUGAUUUCGUCAUCCGAGGACUCCCCAGAAUCUUUACCUGAUGAACCUGAGUUUGGAGAACCUACAGGCGAUGAGGCAUCGAACACAAAGGCUGCAGACAAAGCACUGGCAUCAGAGACCGGCACACCACCGAGUGAUCCCGAUAAUCCUCUCACCCUCGUCCAAUCUCUCGAAAUGAACUUCACCGCCUUUCUCAACCAACGACGCGAGCUUGAAGCCUGCGUAAAGGCCGAAAAGUCCAGCGCAAAGAAGAAUGACCAAACGAUCGCUGAGCUCAAGCAAGCUCGACAGGAACUCAUCAAAAAGCACGGCAGGGGCACAUACGAGCUGAGACGUAAGGUUUCUGAGUUGGAGACACACCUUGAAGCAGCGAAGAGAGCCCUUGAAACGGCGGAGAGGGCGGAGAAGGAGUCUGAUGUUAGCCUCACGGAGCUUGGGGACAAGAUUCGGGGUGAAGAGAGAUGUAAGGCUGAAGCCGCUGAGAGAAUCAAGCAGUGGGAGGCUACGCUGACCAAGACUGCGCUCCAGUCUAUGUAA